CCGGCCCUCCGGCCGGUGCCCGGGCCUAUGGGCCCGAGGCCCUGUCGCGCAGUCUUUACUAGUUCCAGACGCGGUGGCGGCGGCGGUGGCUGCUGCUGCUGCUGCUGCUGCUCUUGCUGCCGCUUGGUCCUCCUGCCGCAGCCUGUCACCGUCACCCCGGAGCCGCUGCGCUGAAGCAGAUAUGCCGCCGCCGCCCGGCCGGGGUCUGCUUUGGCUCGGCCUAGUCCUGGGCUCCGUCUGCGCCGCCCUGCAGUCCGCGGCGCAGGCCAGCUCCGCCACAGAUGCUCUGAAUGUCCUUCUCAUCGUCGUGGAUGAUCUGCGCCCUUCCUUGGGCUGUUAUGGGGAUAAGCUAGUGAGGUCUCCUAAUAUUGACCAGCUGGCAUCCCACAGCCUCGUCUUCCAGAAUGCCUUUGCCCAGCAAGCAGUGUGUGCCCCGAGCCGUGUGUCCUUCCUCACCGGGAGGAGACCCGACACCACCCGCCUGUAUGACUUCAACUCCUACUGGAGGGUGCAUGCUGGAAACUUCUCUACCAUCCCCCAGUACUUCAAGGAGAAUGGCUACGUGACCAUGUCGGUUGGAAAAGUCUUUCACCCUGGUAUAUCUUCUAAUCACAGUGAUGAUUCUCCAUAUAGCUGGUCCUUUCCACCUUAUCAUCCCUCUUCCGAGAAGUAUGAGAACACUAAGACGUGCCGGGGAGAAGACGGAGAGCUCCAUGCCAACCUGCUUUGCCCUGUGGAUGUGGCGGAUGUGCCUGAGGGCACUUUGCCCGACAAACAGAGCACUGAGCAAGCCAUACGAUUGUUGGAAAAGAUGAAAAUGUCAGCCAGUCCUUUCUUCCUUGCUGUUGGGUAUCAUAAGCCGCACAUCCCCUUCAGAUACCCCAAGGAGUUUCAGAAGUUGUAUCCAUUGGAGAACAUCACCCUGGCUCCUGAUCCCCAGGUCCCUGAUGGCCUUCCCCCUGUGGCCUACAAUCCCUGGAUGGACAUCAGGCAGCGGGAGGACAUCCAAGCCUUAAACAUUAGUGUGCCCUAUGGCCCAGUUCCUGUGGACUUUCAGCGGAAAAUUCGCCAGAGCUACUUUGCCUCUGUUUCCUAUUUGGAUACACAGGUCGGCCGCCUUUUGAGUGCUUUGGAUGAUCUUCAGCUGGCUAGCAGCACGAUCACUGUAUUGACUUCAGAUCACGGGUGGGCUCUAGGUGAACAUGGAGAAUGGGCCAAAUACAGCAAUUUUGAUGUUACUACCCGUGUGCCCCUGAUGUUCUAUGUUCCUGGAAGGACAGCUUCUGUUCCAGAGGCAGGCAAGAAGCUUUUCCCUUACCUGGACCCUUUUGAUUCUCUCUCAGAGCUGAUGGAUCCAGGCAGGCAAGCCAUGGACCUCGUGGAACUCGUGUCUCUCUUCCCCACACUUGCUGGACUUGCAGGACUGCGAGUUCCUCCUCGCUGCCCUCGUCCUUCAUUUCAUGUUGAGCUGUGCAGAGAGGGCCGAAACCUGCUGAAGUAUUUUCGAUUCUAUGACUUGGAAGAGGAUCCGUACUUCCAUAGUAAUCCCCGUGAGUUGAUUGCCUAUAGCCAGUAUCCCCGGCCUGCAGACUCCCCUCAGUGGAAUUCUGACAAGCCAACUUUAAAAGAUAUAAAGGUCAUGGGCUAUUCUAUACGCACAAUAGACUAUAGGUAUACUGUAUGGGUUGGCUUCAAUCCUGAUGAAUUUCUGGCCAACUUUUCUGACAUCCAUGCAGGGGAACUGUAUUUUGUGGGUUCAGACCCACUGCAGGAUCACAAUAUGUAUAAUGAUUCUCAAGGUGGAGAACUUCCCCGAUCAUUGAUGCCUUGACUUUUACCAACCACAGAAGGCAAAUAUCAUGUGCUUUAAGUUAGAGCUGGGUAUUUUGUAAUUACCCAUAAUAUUGGAAGUAACCUGAGGGGUAGGUAACCAAAACAUGCAAAAACAAUUUGGCCUAAGAAUAUGUAACACCCAAACCUUUUCAUUGUCUUUAUUAAUUUAUAAUUGGUAAUUGGUCUAGGGCUGGGCUGCACCUUUUUUGUCCUUUUUUUUAAAAACAGUCAUAGCGUAUUUAUUGCAUGAGUAAAUAGCAAGAGAACAAACUAAAAUUAUGUCAUACCUUUGGAUAUAAGAACCAUAAUAACCAAACAUAACACUAUAUGCAAGAAAUACUUUAUUUGUGGAAUUUAGUGCACUUCAAAAGUAACCAUAUCAAAUUAGGUCCCACAGUAAGUUCCUGGUUAUUUCGUUUAUAUUUUAAUAAUAUGUCUUAUGUAGCCCACUAUAUUCAAAAUAUGAGUAUUAUGUCAAAAUAUAAUCCAUGUUUCUUUUUCAAAUAUAAAGUUAAUAAUAAUGCUAGAAGUUGGCAUCUAAAAUUCUAGCUUUAAUUUUUGUUUCUAAGACCACAGGAUUUCAAAACCCAAAGAUAAAAUAUGUAUGAAGUGAUGAAUAUGGAAUUUCUACACCAAAUAAUAAGUAAUGCUCAGUAAACUAGAGACAUGAGAUGUGUGGAAAAUUUAGUUAAAAUUUUUCAGAUACUUUCUGGCCCAAAUAAUUUGUUAGCAUAUAAUAUGACCCUUGAACUCAAUGGCCAUGUAUUAAAAGACCGUUAUUCACAAUGAAAAACACUUAGAAUUGUAACUGUAUCCAUAGAUUGAAUCACUCAAAAUCAUAUUAGUGUUCUUCUUUAGGGAAAGUUGGUUGCAGACAUUCAUUUAUCCAGGAGGCAGAAAUAUUCUACUUUUAAUUGCUUAUUAAAGAAAACAUAAUUUUAUUAAAUUCUAAAUUAUUUUGAGGAUUGUGAAAACUUUUUAUCAAGAUAAUGUUAGGUAAUUUUCAGUCCCCCCGAAUGUAGUUUAUAUACUCCCUAAAUAUGAAAGUAACCAGAAAGGCAGGUGGUAGUAAGAAGCUUUGUCUGUAUCAUCUUAAAAGGGAAGGUAUGUUUACAACUCAUAUUUAUAACACAUUGAAGCUGAUCAAUUAUCAGCAGUCAUCAGAAGAGUCAGCAGCUUUCUAAAUAAACAUCUAAUGAAGUCCGGUAUCAAAAUAAGUAUUUUUUUUUAGUAAUUUUCUUUUUACAAAAGCUUCAGUGUUUCAAGGCAAAUGUUUAUGAAACAGUAUACAGCAAAUUAGAUCGUGACUGUAGUGUGUUAAAUUAUAACCAAAAAGACAAGAUAUUAUGUUAAAGUCAGUAAAAUUUCAAAGAUCUUUUAAAAAAACUGAUUCGUCUAUGAUAGGUGUGUAUAUGGUACCACAGUGAUCUUCUAAGCAGUUAUGACACUAACUUCUGGCAGCAGCAAUUUCUGCUUGAGGAGGGAAAGGCCCUCUUCAUGUCUCCUGAUCCUAGACAGUUUCCCUCAGCUUUUUCUUUCUCAUUCUUCAUCCUCUUUAUUGUUCUCUCACAUUCACUCUGAUUUUUACAAUACAAUCUGUAAAUUCCUCAUGACAUAUUUUCACAGUGUAUUUAGCUUUAUCUCCUACUCCACACUUAGAAUGAUAAGUUUUAACACAGGUUUUUAUCACACAUCUAUUUGUUGCUCCUGGUGGGCUACAAUAUGUGCACCUCAUUUUUCUCACUUUAUUUCUUGAAGCACAGUCUUAGUAUCAAAAAGCUCCAAAUUCUGCUCUUGAUGAAGUUGUCAGCCGAACUGUGCUGGAUGAGAGUAAAGUGACAGGCACCUGUGAUGUGCAGCUGCCGUUUUAGCAGUAAGUCUGUGAUGCUUUCUUCCAGCUGCAUUUUCUUCUUCACCUGUGUGACUGAAGCUGCAUCUAGGUCUGCAUUGGCUGCUUCUGUGUGUUGAUUUGUCUCUGCUGGAAGUGCUUCUGUCUUGUCUUUUCUACGUGAGGGUGUAGCCCCAGAAUACUUCAGCUCUCCAUAGGUUUUAGUUUUCCUUGGCCUUCUUUUACAGAUCUCUCCUUUUAGAAGCAAAGGCUGCAUUUCAUAUUCAGUGUCAUGUUCUUCUAAAUCAUCUUAACGAGUUAUAAUUGGUUUUUGUGUCUUUGACACUGAACCCAAUUUAGAGCCAUUUUUGUUUUCCUUUUGCACGUGUCUGACACACAUUGGAUUGAGCAGCCACUUUCUGGUUUUCCAAUAUCAAAGCUAACCAAGUUCCUUAUCUUGACUCAGCUUAGAGAAACCACAUCUCUGUUGGUUCAUAUAUCCUUUCCCUGAUCCCACUGAGCUGGUCAUAUCUGGACUGGUUCUCAGAAACUUUAUUUGUAGAAGUCCCCAUUUCACUUGAACAGGGGUUCUUUUCUAUGUUUUUGUUGAAGCCAGAACUAGUGAUCCCCAGACAUUUUGAAUGGCUCUAGUUCAGUGGCUCAAUAACAUGAGGGAGGAUCAGGACCACCCCCACCCCAAGCACUCACUGAAACCUGGCGGGCUGGGCCCUGCCUGAGAGGUUCUGAUUCAGCAGGGCUGGGUGGGGCCUGUAAUUUGCACUGCUUACAAACUCCAAUGUGGUGCUGCUGGUCCACAGACCACGCCUUGAGAACCACUGCCCUAGGUCUGUGCUGUCUAUGUGGUAGCCACUAUGUACAUGUGACUAUUUAAAAUUAACUAAAAUGAAAUAAAAAUUUAAAAAGAUGUUUCUCAGACACACUUGCCAUAUUUCAAGUUCUAGGUAGCCACAGAUCUAGAACAUUUCCAUCAUGACAGAAAGCUUGAUUGGACAGAGCUGAACUUCAUUAACUCUGGAUUUGAGCUGAAUCCACUGGCUGUUGGCCAGUUCCACCUGUGAGAUGUCUCUCUGCCCUGUGUUUGCCCACAGACUUGUCCAGAGGUGAGCAAAGUAUAUUCGGUUUAAGUGUAGAGUAGGGAGUUGACUAUGGCAAUCAGCCCGUUCCUCUGCAUUCACAUCACCACUGACUCAGUCCUUCCCCCUUCCUUCCCAAGUACUUUACCUACCCUCCUCGCUCCUCCCUUGCUCCUAACGGAAUCCAAGUGUCUUCCUAAAAUGCCUCUUUGAUCCUGCCCUUUGAGAACACCUUCAGUGCCUACUACUGGGUCUAUGUAGACCUCUGCUGAGCAGUCAGAGUCUUCCCUGACUCCACGAUGCCCCUUUCCUUGGCUGACCAGUUUGCCUACUGGUCCCUGACUCUCCCUUGCCUGUCCCUGCCUCCCUGCCCACUCCUAGGUAUCCCCUCCUCUCUGCACCCACCCAUUCAUAACCAUUCUUCACAGCCCACCUCCCAUGCCCCCACCUCCAGGAGGCUGAGGGUUUUGUGACUCCUUACACUAUAUUGUGGGGUGAAAUGAACGUUUCUAAAGAAUCUUGAAGUAAGGUAAACACCUUACUUCAAAAAAGGUUUUUUCUCUAAUUAUAAAAUUGAUGUGUUAAUUAUAGAAAAACUGGAAAACAGAAAUGUAGUACAAGGUAAGAAAAUCCGUGAAUAUUUUACCCUGAGAUAGUCACUUAAUAUCUUGUCUUUUUGGAGUAUGAAGUUUUUACAUUGUUGUGAUCACACUAUGUUCUUUAUCAUGCAGUUUAUGUUCUUACUCUUGUGCUAAGUAUUAUGUGUGGUUAUUACAGAUUUUUGUAAAGAUACUUUACAUUGGUGGUAGUGUGUUUAAUGUGUAAUUUUAUUGCAACUUACUUAACUUUCUUCCAGUUUUUAGAAAUAUAGAUUAUUUCCGAAUUUUCAGUAUUAUAAAUAAUGCUGUGAUGAUCACCUUUGUGAAUAAAAAUCUUUUUACGUGUUUCUGAUUAUUCCCUCAGGUUAGUCUCUCAGUGCCACGUUGUCACAAAUAUCUCCAUUUUGCUCCCUUUCUUACUCUCUUCCUACUUGUAGAUAGGAAAGCCAAAAAUAAACAAGCAUACAAAUAAAAAUCAUAAAGCAGGAAAAAAAAAAAAAACACAAAAAACAAAACCGUGCCCUACGGUAAUAGGUGAAAAUGGUAUCCUGUUUUAACUUCUAAUUCUUUGCUUAUUGGUGACCUUGAUCAUUGUUCUCUCUGUACGAUUGUUGGGCAUUUGUGUUUCCAGUUGUGUGAAUAUGCCUUUAAUAAAUUUUGGUUAUGAUUCUCACUUUUUAAAGUAAUCAAAUAAAUGAACUUUUCCUGUGUGAUAUUAUUUUCCCAUCUUUUCCUGUUAAACAUGGAGACCCCUCACCAAUCUGGAGAUUGAAUAAAAUUCAUUUUCCUUUUCA